AUGGACGCGGAAACGAGCGCGGAGGGAAAGGAGCGACAAAGGAAGGCAUUGCAGAGCUUUGCGAAAGAAUUCGGACGGGGUGUACGACAGCAACGAACGAGAGGGAAGACCAAAGGAAGAGCUGGUACACUUCCACUUGCUCUGAGUAUGUUCAGAAGGAAUGCGUCGGCACAUGGAGAAGUCGAUCUGCUGAAAGAGGUUCGAGGGAGUGAAGGACAAACUACACUUCAAGACGUUGCAAGAGAUUAUCUAUUCAAAAGGCGACAUAGUUGCUCUCAAGCAAAAUUACAAGAGGUGUAUCAUUCCUUUAUUCCCUGCAGUUGUUUUGA